AUGGGUAAUGCAGCGUAUCGACGAAGGCGUGCUCCUGAAAUUGCAUCCCCGAACCUUAUUCAGCAAUAUAGUGGUAACUCUGAUUUUAUUCCACGUUCACGUUCUUUAACUAUGACUCAAGCACCAUGGCAUGUAACACAAUGGAUUGAUCCAUUUGAUCCUUAUCCUAAAGGGGCCACUGUUCCUGUUUUACUGGUUAUUCCUAAAUAA